GGCGCCCAGCCCCAUACCAGUUCACAGCGGCUUUGCUCUGCCUGCUCCCUCCGCUAGCGCAGCUGUGCUGCCAGGCCCGGAUCUGCCAUGGCGUCCCCCGCAGCGGGAGGGGUGGUGAUCGUAGGCAGUGGACUCAUUGGCCGGAGCUGGGCUAUGCUGUUUGCCAGUGGAGGCUUCGAGGUGAAACUCUAUGAUGUUGAGCAACAGCAGAUAACAAAUACCCUGGAAAACAUCAGGAAGGAGAUGAAGCUGCUGGAGCAGUCCGGUUCUCUGAAAGGUUCCUUAAGUGCUGAGCAGCAGCUGUCUCUCAUCAGCGGCUGCGGCAACCUAGCGGAAGCAGUAGAGGGCGCCAUGCACAUUCAGGAAUGUGUUCCGGAGAACCUGGAGCUGAAGAAGAAGAUUUUUGCCCAGCUGGAUCGCAUCGUGGAUGAUAGAGUCAUCUUAAGCAGUUCCAGCUCUUGUCUGCUUCCUUCCAAGCUGUUUACAGGCUUGGCGCACGUGAAGCAGUGCAUCGUGGCUCAUCCUGUCAAUCCACCCUAUUAUGUCCCGCUGGUUGAGCUAAUCCCUCACCCAGAGACAGCUCCAGCCACAAUGGACAGAACCUAUGCCCUGAUGAGGGAGAUUGGACAGUCCCCAGUGAGAGUCCUGAAGGAGAUCGAUGGCUUCGUCCUGAACCGCCUGCAGUACGCCAUCAUCAGCGAGGCCUGGAGACUGGUGGAGGAAGGAAUAGUGUCUCCUAACGACCUGGACCUGGUCAUGUCAGAUGGGCUGGGCAUGCGGUACGCGUUCAUUGGACCCUUGGAGACUAUGCACCUCAAUGCUGAAGGUGUGGUAAGCUACUGUGACAGAUACAGUGAUGGAAUGAAGCGUGUCCUCAAAACUUUUGGUCCUGUUCCAGAGUUCUCAGGGACCACAGUGGAGAAAGUUAACCAGGACAUGUGCAUGAAGGUUCCUGAUGACCCCGAACACUUAGCUGCCAGAAGGCAGUGGAGAGAUGACUGUCUCAUGAAACUGGCCCAGCUGAAGAACCAGGUGCAGCCCCAGUAAAUUCCUCCAUCACUCCUUCCUGGGAAGCUCUGUUUGGCAAGAUGAGAAGAUCCAAUCCCUGUGCAGCACCGAGAAACCCAGGAAGCCGGCCUGAAGACCAGGUCUGCUCCUCUGUGUUUCACUGUGAGCAGCUGUGGACACCAAGUGUCUUCUGGUCACUCCCGCCUGACCCUGCACUGGGCUAUCAGAGCACCGCUUGGGCUCUGAGGUGUGGGUUUCCUGCCCCUGGGCAAACAGGCUGAAGAUCUUCACCUCUUCUUUCCAGUGUGAUUACACAGGCAUUUCCAGGCGAUGAUUGCAAUUUCCUGUUAUCUUAAUCCACUUCAAAAGAAUUUUUGUAAUCAUUUUCUAAUCCCACUCUGAGUGUCCUGUGACCCUGCAUUAUGAAGCAAUCACCUUCAGUUUGAAUAAAAAAUAUUCUGAUUAAAAGUUUUGAUUCCAUGAGGACAGGCAUUUUCUAUACACACACACACACACACACACACACACACACACACACACACACACACUAAAUAAAUGUGCAAACAGUCCUCCAGUUUGGGCCAGUGCUUUCCCAAGCUAGUUCAGUUGUGCCCUGGGGUCCUCUGGCCAGGUAUGUUUAAGGAGCAUUGUGGGCUGCCCAGCCAUGUCUGCUGCAGUAAAUGAAAUGGUGUAGAGUUCUGCAGAAAAGAUACCAGUUUGAACAGUCAUGUCUAGAACCUCCUUCAACAUGAAGUCUGUUGCUGGCACAAGCUUCCAGGGCACUCCGAGGACACCAGUGUGUGCAUCUCUCCGUGGCAACUCGGAUUGCUGGGUACCAUUACGGGGCUUCCCAACAGCUCUGACAAGGUACUGGCCUUGCGGUUUUGGGUGGUGGGAGUCUCAGUGUCAUGAGGUAGGGAGCCGCAUUUCCUCAGGGUGGAGGCCGUUGUGGUGUGGAGAGCAGUGAGUUUGAUUAGGUCAUUUCGCUAGCUUGUGAGUCUUAAUCAGCGCACCCCCGUGUUCUCAGCCCACACCGAAUGGCUAAAGAUCUGGGGUUACCAUGAAUCAAAGUGACCGCGCAGCAGGUUCCAUGCCCCGAGGCUCAUGUCCAUGGAGGAACAUGGUAACACUGAGAGGCCCUGCAAGGGAAGCCUCAAGGAGGUGGGCUGUGAGCCUGAGUGGAUCACAGGAGUCAGCCAGUGCCUGCCAGCAGAGGAAGAGCAUGGGGUCCAAACAGGCUAUGCUUAGAAUGGUUCAGCUCACUGUGGCCAGGAGAGUACUCUGCAGAGAGGCCCCAACCAACCUGAUCAGGAUGAACCCCCGGACCAGUGGUUAGACCUCUCUCUCCCAGCACUGGAUCAGGUCAGGGUCUCACAAGUUCACUCUGACAGCAGAAAGGACCAGACUGGAUGCAAGCCUGCAGUGAGGAUAUGAGGCUAUGGGGCAGUGGACUGGGGAUGCCUGCAAGCAGGAGCUGCCUGUCACGGCUGGGAAGAGUGCAGGGUCAGAAAGUGAGAGGCAGGGCAGGAGAUGUCCCGUGUUUGAAAACUUCGCCGGGAAGACAGGAUGGAAAGGAAGUGUUGAACCCUGAAAGGCCUCCUCUUUGUCUUUGCCUGAUGGAGUUCCAGAUAGAUCUUCAGCUCUGGUGACUCCAUCUUUUUCUGAGCUCAUUGCUUCACCAACAGCAGGGCCUUGGCGUCUCCUCAGCUGAGGCUCCUCCACCCUCCCUUCAAGGCACUUCCCAGUGCUGUUACAGAGUCACAGCUUUGUCCCCCGAGCUGCCUGCAUCCUCCCUGAGUCCAGAAGGCCGUGCAGCCCCCAGACCUUGCCUGGACACCCACAUGAGGGGGACCUAGUUCAGCGUGGCUACCACUCAUGAUCUGCCCGGCUCUUGGUGUUGAUGAGCCACAAGAGUCCUGGAAGGGCUGGGCACGUAGGUUGCUGGGCCUGAGACUACAUGAGUGAGGCCUAGGCGUGCCAGGCAGGGGUGCUCACUUGUUCUGGGCAGCACUGCUAGGGCAAGGGGACAGAAGGUGGCACCAACUUGGAAAUAUUGGUUUUUAUUGUAUGUCUAAAUUAUAUUUUCCUAUUUUCAUUGUUGUGUCUUCCUGGGCGAAUGUCAGGCACGUUCGGAAAUAGCUACAGGUUCAGAAUCUAAGGAAUUCGGCCAAAUGGAGAUCAAAAAUAUUGGGAAAAGAAUUCUAGAAAGUUCUGAAAAGCAACAUGUACGAAUGUUUCCCCUCACCAUGGUCACAGCUGUGGAGCGUGGCAGCCAUUUCCACAGCAGUUACAUUGUAUUAGCUAUUAUGAAUCAUCUAGGGACGGCUUACAGUAUGCAGAAGGAUGUGUGUGGGUUCUCUGCAAAUGUGGGGCCAUUUUAUAUAGGGGACUUGAACAUCUGUGGAUUUUGGUACCCAUUCAGAUCCUAGAAUCAAUCCUAUGGCUACUGGAAGGACCUGAUAUGGCAGCAGAAAGGUUUUGUGGUCUGGUAGCCAUCACAACGUAUAGUGAGGAACUGAUAAGGUAUACAAAUGCUGACCCUCACCUCAGAACUGAAAUAGCAACUAGUUCAAACUUGAGAACAAAUAGUAGGGAGCAUAGACCCCGCUUGAGGAAGAUGGUUCUGGAAGCAGCUGGCAGGAGUCAGAGUUUGGUCAGACAUGGAGCUACGGGGGAGAUUGUGAACCCAGCUUCACACAGACCCCACGAACCACAUCUGUUAGAGGAACUGUCACGGGGGAGGGUAUUCUGCUCCCAGUUUGGCAGGCUGGGGACUGCUGUGAAAGAGCCUGCUUGCUCUGAUGGGUCAGUGGAUACCCUUUCCUCCACCUGGGCUAUUGGGUCCAAAGCUGCAAAGGAGAGGAUGCCACUUCACACAUUGUUUCCUGCCUGCCCAGGCUCCUCUGUCUGGCUUUGCAUCUCACAGCCUUGACAUUUCUGAAGAAUUCCAGUCUCUGGUUGUCUGAUGUUUUUUCACAAGUAGACUGAGAUCUGGUUUGGGAUUAAACUAAGUGUUCCCCUUGCCACGUUGUAACAGGGGACUGUAAUGACCAGGUAAUAUUGUUGGGCCUUCAUUGAUGGAUUUCUGUAUUUCAAAUUACUAUUGUGAAAAAAAAAAAAUAGGGAAUUAGAAGGACCUGCCCAAUAAGACACCAUCCUGACUAGUUUCUGAAUCAUUUUGUCGGGGUUGCAAAGUCAUAAAUCUGCAUCAGCAUGAUGAAUGUACUCAAUUCCUCAUUUUCUGCUCUCUGAACCCAGUGUCUCCCAGAGCACCCACAGUGUCUGUGUGUACCAAGGCCAUACAAUCGCCCUGUUAGGGAUGCUAACACAGAAUGCCUACAAUUACUGCUCAGCUUUUGCCGGAGGAUCAAAAGAUUUCUAUAACUGUUUUGAGACCAGGUCCUACACAGCUAAGCUGACCUUGACCUCUUGAUCCUUCUGCCUCAGCCUCCAGAAACUGUGAUAAUAGGUGUUAUCACCAUGCAUACCUCUUUUAUUUCUGUUCUAAAAGCCACAUGUCUGUAAUCCCAGCACUCAGGAACCUGGGAUAGGGGGAUCAUGGAGCUGAGAGAACUACUCUGUCUGCUGAAUGAGCGUCAAGGACCUUGAAGAGUCCAUCUGUACCUUCAGAUGGGCCCAAAGGUCUGAUGCAGGUCUGCUCCACCUAUCUUAGUGGGAGCAGCCCUCCUGUGUUGUGGCCACCUUCACCACUAGGCUAGUUUUUGGCAUGGCCUUGCUUUGUACCCUGUGUUUAACAGUGACUGCAUUGUCCUGUCAUACACAGUGAUGGAGCUAGUGGCUUUGCAUCCAGCUGAGGUGGCCACAUGAAUGUCCAAGACUGUCAUAUCAGCCAUCACAAUUUGUUUGAAAUUUAUUAAUUUUAUGUGUUUGAAAUUUAUUAAUUUUUAGUGGAUUCACUUAACAGUUAUUGAAUAUGCCAUAUGUCAAGAUCCACUUCAAAUGUUGAAGAUGGAGCAAAGAAUAAAGCAGGCAAGAAAAAUAAAAAGGAAAGAAAACUGUCCAUGUAGACCUUACAUUGUAGUAAAGAAUGUAAACAUAAACAGACAAAUCAGUCAGCAGAGCAGGCAGACGGCUAAAGACUGAUUGCGUAGAUACAAGCAAAGCAAGGGCCUGUGUAAUGGCUCCGCAGCUUAUAGGCUCUUACUGCCAAGUCUGCCAGCCUGACUUUGAUCCCAGGGACCCACAAGGGGGAAGGAGGGAACUGAUUCCCACAAACUCUUCUCUGACCUCCACAUGCACACUGUGUUCUGUGGUAUGAACACACACACACACACACACACACACACACACACACACACA